UUAUCAUUCGGCCAGACUGUCACACGCACCGUCGUACGCGGAGCUCAGGACAUCGACAAUUCAUUUCGAUAGUAAUAAACUAGCACAAGCGUACAGGACGAUGGAGGGAUUCACACCGUUGGAGAGACCAAGAAGGUCAUCACUCAACACGCUACCACUGGACGCACAAGUUUUGAUGCUUCAAAACUCGCCCUCUUCGACCUAUCUUAUCAGUCCCACUUCACCAAAGUCAGUCGAUCAAAUCUGGGACGAAGGUGUUGACCGAAUUCGUGAACGGGAAAAGUAUCGCGACCAACGAUUGUCACCAGCAGCGAAUGAGAGACGUGUGGAACGAGGAUCGGAAGCCACAUUACUUGAUGUCAUUGCUGUAUAUCAGAACCGAAUCAGCUCAAUGGCGUUUUCUCCAAGGCUAGCAUCACAAUUCAGCCCGAGAAUGGUGCACAGUCCGUCUUUCACUGAGGCUAUACCUGAGGAAAAGGAAAAGGUUCGCUCAGAUUCUGCCGUUUCUGUCAAUGAAGAGAUGCAAGAUCGCGAAAGACCACGGACAGAUUCUCGUACGAUCCCGUCGCCACAGGCUUUCGCCACACCGAAAGAGUCUGAUACAUCAACAUCGACGAGAAGCGCUCGUCCUUGCUCCGCUCAUAGCAAUCGCGCCGUACAACGGCCAUGCUCAUCUUUCAGCCAACCCAUCCCACCACCACUCAAAACUGCGAAGUCCUUUCCCGCACCAGCUCCAGUCUUCGAUCAAGCCGAGCGCUUACCACGAACCUCGUCCCGCUACGCUCUCGCAUCACUCUCACCGCUACCAUUCCCACCACCAGGCCCUCUACCAAGCCUCCCAACAGAAUUCCAAAAAUCAACUCCAAAGCUCCUCCCAUCAGCACUCGCUCCUCAAGACAGUGUAUUCUCGACACCAUUUUCCUCUAGAGAGAACACCCCUCUACCGUCACCCAAAGACAUAUUCUACUUUCCCACCCCUCCAACUUCCUCCCACAGCCACCAUCAAUUCGUCCUCUCAUCCGAAAAUCUGGCAUCUUCCCCACCGUCAGGUUCGCCUCUCGAGCAUUCGCCGCUAGCGCUCAUGCAACCCAUUCAUCUCGUGCGCAGCGCGUUUGACGAUGAUGACGACGAGGACGAGGACGAUAGCCUUGGCGAUGAAGGGCUGGUGGAGAAGUGGAAGAAGAGUCUACAAUUGCGACGAAGCACGAGACGGACGCCCAGUGGCGACGUGCCAGUCAAGAUUUUGAGCGAGGAGAAGGAGAGGGUGUUGAGAGAGAAGCGAGAGAAGCGAGAGCAUGGGCGCAAGAGGAGUUGGAGAGAGGGAUGUGGGUGUUUUGGGCAGGCGGACGACGAAUAAUUACUUCUACUUGAUGGUUAUGGACAUGCUGGAUAUGUGUUCCCCGGACCAGACUGAAUUUCCUUUGUUUUGAUGGUUGGAUUUACAUGGAGCGAAGGAUGGGAUUCGACGAUACCACUGCCGCUACAGGGCGUAAUGAUCACGCAUAAUGGACUGGCCCGACAUACACGAACGACUUCGCUGCGGUUUCCUUUGUCAGGCGCUCAUGCCCCGAGUCUUUACCUAAAAUUGUUUGUAAUCACAUGACUUGUACGCAUAUACGCACAAUGAAGUCACCUAAUCAGUUUCUCGAUCGACUUGUCACUUCGCUGCUCUAU